UUCUGAGAAAACGAAACUUAUCUGAGUCUCGUUGUCAACAGUCUGUGUGAGAGUGAACAACCGUCCAAAUGGCUCAGCAGGGAGUUCAGCUGGACCCGGACCAGUUCUGUUGUUCUGUCUGUCUGGAUGUACUGAAGGAACCAAUCACCAUCCCCUGUGGACACAGUUACUGUAGGAGCUGUAUUGAGGGCUGCUGGGAUCAGGAUGUUCUGAAAGGGGUCUAUAGCUGUCCUCAGUGCAGAGAGACCUUCACUCCAAGGCCUAAUCUGAGGAAAAAUAACAUGUUGACUGAGGUGGUGGAGAAACUGAAGAAGACAGGACUCCAGGCUGCUCUCCCUCCUGCUCUGUGCUAUGCUGGACCUGGAGAUGUGGUGUGUGAUGUCUGCACUGGGACCAGAAAGCAGAAAGCCCUCAUGUCCUGUCUGUCGUGUCUGGCCUCUUACUGUGAGACUCACCUCCAACCUCACUAUGAAUCUCCUGCUUUCAAGAAGCACAAGCUGGUCAAAGCCACCACACAACUACAGGAGAAGAUCUGCUCUCAUCAUGACAAACUUCUGGAGGUUUACUGUCGGACCGAUCAGCAGUGUAUCUGUCUGCUGUGUACAAUGGAUGAACAUCAAGGCCAUGAUACAGUGUCAGCUGCAGCAGAGAGGACUGAGAAACAGAGGCAGCUGGGGAUGAGUCAGCAGAAGGUCCAGCAGAGAUCCCAGGAGAGACAGAAGGAGCUGAAGGAGCUCCAACAGGCUGUGGAUUCUCUCAAGCACUCUGCACAGGCAGCAGUGGAGGACAGUGAGAGGAUUUUUACUCAGCUGAACCGCUCCAUUGAGAGAAGGCGCUCUGAGGUGAAGGAGCUGAUCAGAGCCCAAGAGAAGACUCAAGUGAGUCAAGCUGAAGGACUCCUGGAGCAACUGAAGCAGGAGAUAGCUGAGCUGAGGAAGAGAAGCACUGAGCUGGAGCAGCUGUCACACACAGAGGAUCACAUCCAUUUCCUCCAGAGUUAUCAGUCUAUCUCCAGUAUCAGUGUAUCUUCAGACUUACCCAGCAUCGUUGUCCGUCCUCUUCAGUACUUUGGAGAUGUGAGUAAGACUGUGUCUGAACUAAGAGAGAAAAUAGAAGACUUCCUUAAAGGAGAAUGGACCAAGAUCUCCACUACAGUGAAUAUAGUGGAUGUUGUACUGCCUCCAGAGCCCAAGACCAGAGACCAGUUGUUACAAUAUUCCUGUCAGCUCACACUGGACCCAAACACAGCAAACACUAACCUCUCUCUGUCUGAAGGGAACAGAAAGGUGACACGUUCACGCCAAGCCCAACCAUAUCCUCGCCAUCCAGAGAGAUUCACAAAGGACUUGAUGAUUCUAUGUAGAGAGGGUCUGUCUGGAUGCUGUUACUGGGAGGUGGAGUGGAGUGGGCGUUGUGUUAUUAUAGCAGUCUCAUAUAAAGACAUCAGCAGAACACAGAGAGGUAAUAUAUUUGGACACAGUAACAAGUCCUGGAGUUUAAAGUGCUUUAGUGGUGGUUAUUCUUUCAGACACAAUAAUGUUGAGAGUAAAGUAUCAGGCCCUCAGUCCUCCAGAGUAGGAGUGUACCUGGAUCACAAGGCAGGUACUCUGUCCUUCUACAGUGUCUCUGACACAAUGACCCUCCUCCAUAGAGUCCAGACCACAUUCACUCAGCCCCUCUAUCCUGGGUUUUGUCUCUCUGGUACUGCUGAGCUGGUUAAACUGUAGUAGGGUCCACAUAGAUACUAGUCAUGUUGGUGUAGUCUAUAGCUGAGCUGGAUAAACUGUAGUAGGGUCCACAUAGAUACUAGUCAUGCUGGUGUAGUCUAUAGCUGAGCUGGUUAAACUGUAGUAGGGUCCACAUAGAUACUAGUCAUGCUGGUGUAGUCUGUAGCUGAGCUGGUUAAACUGUAGUAGGGUCCACAUAGAUACUAGUCAUGCUGGUGUAGUCUAUAGCUGAGCUGGUUAAACUGCAGUUGGGUCCACAUAGAUACUAGUCAUGCUGGUGUAGUCUAUAUCUGAGCUGGUUAAACUGUAGUAGGGUCCACAUAGAUACUAGUCAUGCUGGUGUAGUCUAUAGCUGAGCUGGUUAAACUGUAGUAGGGUCCACAUAGAUACUAGUCAUGCUGGUGUAGACUAUAGCUGAGCUGGUUAAACUGUAGUAGGGUCCACAUAGAUACUAGUCAUGCUGGUGGUGAUGGUCCCCAGAUAUAAUGCUCUGUUUUUCUUUACAGUUUCUGACUGAUUUGAUCUUCAGAGUUGAUUUAAAAUGUAAUUUACUUAUUUUUAUCAAAUGCAAUGAUGUAUUGUGUUGAUGUAUAUUGGUUGUCACUCAGAACCAUUGAUAUGUUUUCUCAAUUGGUUCUCUGUCUCUAUGUAAUUUUCCUCAGUGGCAUGGAACAGAUAGUAUUACUAACUAACUAACUAACUAACUAACUAACUAACUAACUAACUAACUAACUAACUAACUGACUAACUAACUAACUAACUAACUAACUAACUAACUAACUAAACUGUAUGGAAGAGGUAGUAUCACUAACUAACUAAACGCUAUGGAAGAGGUAGUAUCACUAACUAACUAAACUAUAUGUAACAGGUAGUAUCACUAACUAAACUAUAUGGAAGAGGUAGUAUCACUAACUAAACUAUAUGGAACAGGUAUUAUCACUGACUAACUAAACUAUAUGGAACAGGUAGUAUCACUAACUAAACUAUAUGGAACAGGUAGUAUCACUAACUAAACUAUAUGGAACAGGUAGUAUCACUAACUAAACUAUAUGGAAUGGGUACUAUCACUUACUAACUAACUAAACUAUAUGGAACAGGUAGUAUCACUUAAAACUAACUAAACUAUAUGGAACAGGUACUAUCACUUACUAACUAACUAAACUAUAUGGAACAGGUAGUAUCACUAACUAAACUAUAUGGAACAGGUACUAUCACUAACUAACUAUAUGGAACAGGUAUUAUCACUUACUAACUAACUAAACUAUAUGGAACAGGUAGUAUCACUAACUAAACUAUAUGGAACAGGUAGUAUCACUAACUAAACUAUAUGGAACAGGUAGUAUCACUAACUAAACUAUAUGGAACAGGUAGUAUCACUAACUAAACUAUAUGGAACAGGUAGUAUCACUAACUAAACUAUAUGGAACAGGUAGUAUCACUAACUAAACUAUAUGGAACAGGUAGUAUCACUAACUAAACUAUAUGGAAUGGGUAUUAUCACUUACUAACUAACUAAACUAUAUGGAACAGGUACUAUCACUUACUAACUAACUAAACUAUAUGGAACAGGUACUAUCACUUACUAACUAACUAAACUAUAUGGAACAGGUAGUAUCACUAACUAACUAACUAAACUAUAUGGAACAGGUAGUAUCACUAACUAAACUAUAUGGAACAGGUAGUAUCACUAACUAACUAACUAAACUAUAUGGAACAGGUACUAUCACUUACUAACUAACUAAACUAUAUGGAACAGGUAGUAUCACUAACUAAACUAUAUGGAACAGGUAGUAUCACUAACUAAACUAUAUGGAAUGGGUACUAUCACUUACUAACUAACUAAACUAUAUGGAACAGGUAGUAUCACUAACUAAACUAUAUGGAACAUACAUAGAUUAAUCCUAGUACUAGACUUAAAAGCAUUUUCAAUGGAGAUUCUCAAAGGAGAUGUCUAGGAAACCAACCUUAAUAAAGUUGACAUCUUUUAUUCUCCCAUACUGCUCAGUCAAUUGGAGAUUGAUGGUCUUUUUAAUCCACUAUCCAGAGUCAGGAACAGAUGAAGUUAGGUCUGCUACUGUUCAGUGAUUUAAAUAUGAUUUAUGGUGAUGGGAAAUAAAAAAUACAACACUAAA